UGGGUUAUAUGAUGCUUUUUGUGCAGUUUGACGUAAAACAGCUUCAAUUUGCUCCAAUUUCGUAGUUCAAUAGAAGUGGAUUUUGAAAGAAUUUCUUUUUAUGUGUGAAACAACUGGCACCGGCUAUUCAUUGCUCAGAUCUUUAUCUGAAGCUUACGUGUCCAGAGUUUGUUUCUGAGACGGUGAUCGGAGUUAAUCUGUAUGCAACUGUUACGCGUUGCCUCGACUAUGUCUUACCAGGGAUCACCAUAUUCGGGGCCGGGUGAUGAAUACGACUUUGAAGACGACGGGUACGACGAUCUAGAUGAAUAUAGGGACCCAGAGGACACCUUGCCGCCGCCGCCUGUUGAUGACAGUGACGAAGAUACAGAGGAAGCUAGUGAAACAGAUGUGCCCAAGAAUGAUGAGCCCCUCGAGAUUAAGGAACAAAUAUACCAGGACAAACUGGCAAACCUUAAGAAGCAGCUGCAGCAGCUUGAAGACGGUGUCCACCCGGAAUUCCUCCGGAGAGUGAAGAGGCUCGAGCAUCAGCUACAUGAACGGCUACGGCUGAACAGGAUAUACAAAGACCACAUGUACGAAGUGGUAGAAAAAGAAUACAUAGCAGAGAAGAAGGCGGCCGCGAAAGAGUUUGAAGAGAAGAAGGUUGAGCUGAGAGAGAACCUGCUGAGUGACUUUGAGGACAAACGGAGAGCAAUCGAGAAUGAGAGGAGCAGUAUGGAGCUCAACGGAGAUUCUAUGGAGGUGAAGCCAGCAAUGAAGAGGAUCCUGCGGCGGCGCGCGAACGACCCGGCGCCGGCGCCGGAGAAGCGCCGCAAGCCGCUGGGCACGACGCUGACGUUCCAGCUCGACGACCGCGACGUCGACAGCGACCUGCGCGCCAUCCUCCGCGCCGACCCGCCGCCCGCGUUCGCCGCGCAGCCGAGGAAGCAUCUCAAUUCCACCACCAGUGAGUCCCCAGUCCGCGAAAGCAACGACUCGACGGAGACUCGAGUGGAAGACGGCAAACUGAUGUAUGAGAGGCGAUGGUUCCACCGCGGACAAAGCGUCUACGUGGAAGGCAAGGACAUCCAGAGGUUUCCGGGACAGAUACACGCCAUCACUGACGAGGCGAUAUGGGUGAAAAAGCAGAAUCUCGAACGAUUCAGGAUAUACAUAUCGCAGUUGGCGCGUGGCAAAGUGACGUUAAAGAGACGCGCCUCGUAAGUACGUGACGUGAUGACGUCACAAGUUUCAGUUGCACACGAACUCGUGAGCCAGUGCGAUAGACUGUGGUGACCUCGAAUUACGAGCUUGAUCGGGACAUUUAUACGGAGUUUGUAAUGGAUUGACUCCGAUUUUAAAUUGUGAAUACUUAUUUAUUAUGAAAAAAAUGAACGCUACACAAUCUUAUUUGAAAAAAUGUUUUAUAAAAAACAAAUACAAAGGACCAUCUCCUUUUUUGUAUAUGGUUAAAAAAGAAUGAUAUAGGAACAAGACUUGACCUCGUGUUUCCACCAGUCACGAAAUAGUUGUAUACUUCUUAAUGAGUAUUUAAAACAUUAACCUCCCGUCUCUAGUCAAGUUUGGUUAAUAUAUUCUAUAUUCUACAAAGUAUUGAGACAGAUGUUACUAUGAUUGUUAUGGAGUCCAGGCCCUCGAUUGUACUAAUAAUAACAACUGGAUUGCAACAUGUCCCCGCACGCAUGCGCACAACACAAAUGUUUUACAACACCUAGCGGCGAAUUAUAUUCCGUUUUAAGUUUUUUCUUUAAAUCUUAUUUAAUUUAUGUACACAUAAAACGACGUUUCGAUCCAGCAAACUAUCAAUCUAUUUUCGCUAUUGUUUGUUCUUUCUGUGUACUUUUUGUAUUUGAAAUGUGUAUGUUAUAUCUAUCUAAACGGCACGAUCGAGGUUCAGUUGCGAUCCAGUUAAAGUUAGCGCGAUUGGACUACUCCACAACGCCUCAACCUCAACCAUCUUUAUUUUGAUGGUUGUUGCACUUUUAACUCAUUGCGACAAUAUGCACUAUCGGCUAUGUGCGCGGUUUUUCGACGUAUAGUGAUCGAAAGAAAGUGUUUAUUCCACAAAAAAAAUCUUGCAUUCAUACAAAGCUCACAUUAAAAGCACGUCGAAAAACGAAGGUCCCGAUAGUGAAAUUAGACGUCUUCAGAGGGCGAAGUGCGCGUUUGCAAUUCAUUUGUCACUAUCGAAUCGAUCCGAAGGGAGACCCAGCGAACCAAUCACAUUGCGGUGUGACUGUUGUUGCGUAACAAUGGCGCACUGUGAUUGGUCAGCUGCGUCUCACUGCGAAGCGACAUGAUGGUGAGAUGUAAAUGCAACCUGCGCACACUGCCUGUGUGCUAUACAAUUAGUAAAUUCGAUUAAAAGGACAAGAUCUCAUGUUAAAAAACCCACGGAGCUAUUUUUGUACAGGGUAUAAAAUGAUAAGUUUUUGAAAUUUGUGCAGUAAUUGUACCGUGUUUAUUAAAAUUGUAUCUGUAAUGAAAAUAGAAUGUCCUAAGAUAAGUACAUAGUAUUUUUAGAACUGAAAUGGAAAAAGAAAUAUGUUAUUUGUUUAACUUGAACAUCUUUAUUUUGAGUACAGUCAACAGCACAUCAACCUACCGAUAAUAAUUUCAAUUUCGCCGGUAUUACGGUCGCAUAGGGCUCCAUUCAGCGUCACUUGAUAUGCGGUUGACUGUGGAUAGUAUAUACGUUGUCCCUAAUUAUCGUUUUGUGGAUAACUUUUUGAUGAAUGCAGUUAUUUAUUGGUGUGAUUUACCGCGCGUGUCAACUGAAUGUCACGUUUGAUUUUGAUGCAAAUCGCAUCGGGUUUUGACUGGUUUUAUCUGAAUUAAAGUUAUAAUACCGGCGCCCGGCAACACUACAUUCCUAUUGGUUGAAACCCGUCGUGCGCCGUGCGGACUGCGCAGUGCAUUCUGCAUUUUUAUAAAAAAAUAUAGCAAUAUUAUAUAUAAAACCACACGGAUAUAUUGAGUAUAUUUUAUUUUUAUUUCCAAUAGAUGCAUAUAUUGAAAUCGUAUGGUUUAUUUAAAUGAAAUUAUAAAAUAUCUCUUUACGAUGUAUAUAGAUCGUCUUUAACGUUUUGGGUAUUAUUGGUACCAUAUUUUGAUAAUGAAAACUGUCGAUUUAGUUGUAUAUAUUGUAGGAUGAAAUCGAUGUGUGAGCACAAAUGUUAAGCAUCUCCAGUGAAAAUAUGUUAUACUAACAGUAAUGUAAUUAGCAAACAUGAACUUUGAAUCUUUGAACAGUAAUUUUUGAUAGUUUGAAAGUGAAUAUAAAACUUUGAAAUAAAAACUUAUCCGUAAGUUUUAUUAGUGGUCUACCAAGUUAUAACUUAUAACGAUACAAAUACAGUAUCACGUCUCGAAACCGGUAUUUUUUUCACCUUCGUAAUUACUCGAUCUCCUAGCGGAACACUUCGACCAUCUUUCUGGUUUCAAAAAUUUACCUGGUAUCCGAGCUCUGAAUCGAUUUAACAGUUUCAUAUCAUUCGUUGUUGAACAUUGGAUUCAAUUGAUUGAUCACAGAUGAUUUUUUAUUUUUUUUUGUGCUGCAAUUCAGACUGUUGUAUUCGUAUUAUGUACUAUAAUGUAUAAUUUAUACAGAGGCAGUAAGUAUUCUAUUGUAAAUAGCUGUAAAAAUUACCAAUGUAAUAGAUCAAAUGUCAAUAUGUUGUACAUGAACAUGAGUUUUCGACGAUCGCUUUUUGUUUUCCGAUUUUUUUUGUGAUUGAUUAUAUUAUUAUCGUGUAAAUGUGUUGUGCCGAUUGUAAAUAGUACGAGUAGAGAUUAUUGAGACAAGAUCUUUUAAUUACAUUAUAAUGUAUUGAGAAGUU